GUACCACUCUGCAGAGGUCCAGAGAAUGCUCCAUUGGAUGCUCUGCAGAGGUCAUAGAGGGAUACUUGAUACAAAACAAGGUUGUGCUGUGGGUUUGUGUUGGGUGGUGGAAGCUCUACAAGGGUUAUUGUAAAUCUGUCUCUACUAGAUACUUACCUGCCAGGGAGGUCACAUCAUCGUAAGGCUUAUGAACGUUAGUUACAGGUGCCCCACCAGGCAGAGCUCCAUCAGACACUCUCGGUGGAGCUGUAGGUGGGAUAGGACCACUGAGAGACUGCACAGUUUUGUUGAGAGUGUUGCUAUAGAGCCUCAGAUGCAGACCGAUGCUCUGGUAUCCCAGGCAGUUUGAUGCUUGGACAUUGGGUGCAGUGAAUUGUGACUGAUGCAGUGCAGUACUCGGCAAGGUGUUUGAUGCAGUGUAAUAGUGUUACAUGAUGGAUGGGCAACCGUUGUAAGUGCUUUGUAAGCAGUGCAGCAAUCGAUAAGCUUUAUGGCUCCCCGUGAAGCCAUGGCAGAGGAGAGGGUCACCCGGAGGUGUCCAUGGAGCGUGAUGUUCUUCAACCCUGGGUGGAAGGUGAUCAAUAAGAAGCAGCCAGCUCUGGUGUGUAGUGGGAAGCCCUACCUAGUGAGACACUGAGAUUAAAUAUGUUGCAUUCUUGGAGCUGAGGUUGCAUUUCCCUACCCUUUGUUUACCACGGCAAGCCCUGCUUGCUCCUUGUGGGCAGGGUUUAGCUCCUUGUGGGCGGGGCUUCCAAUUCAUUACAAAGCUGGGACUAACUCCAAACGGCUGCUCUACCUCUUGUGCUGGUCAUGGAAAACAAGGCUUACAAGGGCGACGGGACAUGGCCACCACCUCAUUGUAAACACACACUGGAAAGGGAAAAGAAGAAGACCAAACCUCCCCCAGGCACUGCCUCGGUGGCAACGGGAAAGAGUGGACCACCUGUUACUGUGAUCGAGAUUUCACCCGAGACAACAGAAGUCAACGAUUAUUACCUUUGGUCCAUCUUCAACUUUGUUUACCUGAACUUCUGCUGCCUGGGCUUCAUUGCAUUAGCCUAUUCCCUCAAGGUGCGAGACAAGAAGCUGUUGAAUGAUCUCGCUGGGGCUGUGGAAGAUGCAAAGACGGCACGAGCCUUCAACAUAACAAGCUCAGCUCUAGCCACACUCUGCAUCAUAAUCCUGCUGCUCUACCUGCGGUCCCCACCUGCUCACUACUAGGGUCACAAUAUGAUCCCUGUAGCCAAACUCUGAGGCAUAUCCAGGCCCUAUUGACAGAGACAAGACAUGAUUAGAAAGAUAUCUAUCUCUCAGAGCAGCAAGCAGUGAGCACAGAGUUCUCUUCAUUUAACCCUUACUCCUUUAUACACCCCCCUCCGGAACUCACUGUGAUAUCAUUAUUCCACUCCACAAGGCAGCCUCCCGAUUGGCUGAUGGCAGCUAAUAUGCAACAUAGCAAAGGAGGGCGUUUUACCUUGUCGGCAGCACAGAGUUGGGAAUUCCCUCACGUGAGACUGGGCUAUUCGUUGAGCUCAUUCCUUUCCUGUGCCGAAUCCAAAAUGACCAUGCCUGUGAAUUUCAAUUGUCAGCUCUCUGGGUAGCUGAUUACAUCACAUUAAAUAAAAAAACAUUUUUUUUUCCUAAA